CAGACUCAUUGCUGACAUGGCGUCUUAAAAGUGUUGUGGUGUUUAGUUUUCCUGUACGGGGAUACAACCCUUUUGUUUUAAAUGGUGGCACUUUACUAAGUGUGGCCAAAAAGCAGACAAAAUUCCGCCUGUACCUCCAAUGUCAAGCAUAAACUACCGAUAUCCGCCGCAGAUACCAGGUAUAGCCUCUACGGCACCCCAAACGAUGUCUUCCCAACGGUUUUGUCUUCGCUGGAACAACCACCAAUCGAACCUCCUCUCGGUGUUCGAUCAACUUCUGCACGACGAAAGCUUCGUGGACGUGACCUUAGCGGUCGAAGGCCAGCUGUUGAGGGCCCACAAAAUGGUAUUGUCGGCUUGCAGCCCGUAUUUCCAGGCGUUGUUCGUGAACCAUCCCGACAAGCACCCCAUAGUUAUAUUGAAGGACGUCCCGUACAGCGACAUGAAGUGCCUGCUGGAUUUCAUGUAUCGCGGGGAAGUCAGCGUGGAUCAGGACCGGCUCACCGCGUUUCUGCGCGUGGCCGAGAGCCUUAGGAUAAAGGGCUUGACGGAGGUGAACGAGGAGAAAUGCGAUACGAUUACCUCCUCGCUGACGCAGCAGAACCUGAACAGCCUGCCGCACUUGCAGCGGUUGCAGCAGAACAAGCGCUUCGGCGGGAACUUCAACAUGCUCGGCAACGCGCUGCUGCAGCCGAAGCGCAAGCGCGGCCGGCCUCGGAAGCUGUCGGGAUCGUCGAACGGACCCGACGACUACGAUCGCGACGGCCUGGUGCAAGGCAGCCCCGAGCUGAUGGAGAUGAAGAUGGGCGUGGACGGAUUCGCCGGAAACAACUCGGACGGAAGCGCCAAGGACGACAACGACGACGAGAAAGUCGACGCGAAAGACGAGAGCGAACCCGUGGCCGGCACUUCCAAAGAACAAAUCGCUUUUAACCACUCGAAAACGCCCGAAAACGAUCUGCAGACUGACGAAAAAGACCCCUCAACGCCAAAUAAAGUACAAUGUUUAGAAAUAAGGUCGUCCUCGUGUAUCCCCGAUGAUAGCAACAGUAUGAGAUUCGAAGACUCCGCCCUAUCAGACAUAGAAAUAGAAGAAAACGAUAACGAUAUCCAAGAAAUCGACUCAAACUACGAAACCAUAGACAUAAAACUCGAUCCUGAUUCGCUGAUAGAUAGUAUAACGAAUGCUAGCACACCAAAGAAAAAAAAAAGUAAAAUACUGGACCUGGACGAUUUUGCGCACUACGACAUUGUCAUAGACGACCCCGAUCUUUGCAAAAGUUUCCGGAAUAUAAAUUGUUCGAAGAAAAUCAUCGACCCGGAAAAAUCAGCGAGGGAUUUUUGCGUCAGAGAGAAAGAUUUAUACAGGUGCACAGUAUGUGAUAGAGUCUACACGCAUAUCAGUAAUUUUUGCCGCCAUUACAUGACCUCGCACAAAGUUAACGUGAAAAUGUUCUCUUGUCCCGUUUGCCGGAAAGAUUUCACCCGGAAAGACAACAUGCUGGCGCACUUAAAAAUUAUACACAAACAGAAUUCGAGCUAGUGCCUUAAAAAAGAUUUCCUACAUGGCAAUUUUACAUGCCAAAUAUUUUUAUAUGGAUAAAUAAUAUUAAUAAAUGUGUGAUGUUCUACUUUGAAAUCUUUGACAAUAAAUAUUUUACUAAGACUGCGACAAAUUUGAUAUUGGAGUAUCAGAAUUACAAAACAUGAUGACCAAAAAUCAGUGAAACUUCUUUUUAAGCUUUAUUUUAAAUUAUAUUUCUGGCGGGUUUUUAAGUUUUAAUGUUUUUAAAUUUGAUUUUCUAUUUUUUAAGUUUUAAUUGUAAUUUUUCUACAAAGCGGUUUCACUGUAUUUUGAUGACUUGAAUAAAGUGCCUUAAUUUCUGGG